AGCGGUGUGGCCAAAUGCUCAAAAUACAAGUCUUGGCUUGGCUUGACUUGACUUGACUCUCCGUUUAUAGAGUUUAAAAAUUGAACUUACGUUAUUUUUGUUUCCGAGUAUUACAAUUUGAAUAAAACCUGAUAUUAAUACCCUUUCUUUUGGGUGUCACCUCAAAUUUUUAUGUCGUAAAACUAAAUCCAUUCUCAUCUUCCCUUCAUCCGGAACUCUCUCUCCCCUGUUUAUCACCUCUAUUUACGCCCUUCUUAUUUUGGUGUACGUAUAAAACCACAUCCAUCUACAACCAAAAUCACCCACUGCAAUAAUUCUGAUCAUGGUAACCAUUUCCACUCUCUUUCUCCUCACUUUUUUCAUUGCCUUGCCUCCUGCUUUUGCCGAUCCUGACCUACUUCAAGAUCUUUGCGUCGCCGAUCUUUCCUCCGGAAUCAAGAUGAAUGGGUACCCCUGCAAGAAUGCAGCAAGCAUAACAGAGAUGGACUUCUUCUUCGGCGGACUGGCGAAACCAGGUCUGGCAAACAACAGCAUGGGAUCAACGGUGACAGCGGCUAACGUUGAGAAGAUCCCAGGCCUCAACACCUUGGGCGUCUCCAUGUCCCGCAUUGACUACGCCCCUGGUGGUGUGAACCCACCUCACACCCACCCGAGAGCCAGCGAGAUCGUGUUCGUGCUACAGGGCCAGCUAGAUGUGGGAUUUAUUACCACCUCCAACAAGUUAAUUGCCAAGACCAUAAAAGCUGGUGAGGUAUUCAUGUUUCCCAAGGGGUUGGUGCACUUUCAGAAGAAUAAUGGCAAUGUGCCUGCCGCUGUCAUCUCUGCUUUCAACAGCCAGUUGUCUGGCACUCAGUCUAUUGGCUCCGCUUUGUUUGCAGCUACGCCGUCUGUUCCAAGUGAUGUGUUGUCUAGGGCUUUCCGGAUUAGUACUGAAGAGGCUGAUAAAAUCAAGUCUAGUUUUGCGCCCAAGACUUAAAUUUCAUUGGAAAUUUUUUAUUGCUUUAGACUUG